AUGGACGAGGACGAAUUCGUAGAAACAUCAGAUCCCGAAGAGUUGGAGUUGUGUUUUGCGGCAUUGAAGCGCUUUCAUUCCCCAGACGACUGUGCUAGCCCGCCGAAGCGCACUAAAUUGUAUCACGCCCCCAUUUCUGCCUCAGAGCCAUCAAGUCAGAAUUCUUUUGCUUUCAACACUUGGUCUGAAGCGCAGCUCGUCGUUGCUGAUUCACAGGAGAACGCUCUGCCCGAUCCUCAACAACGCGAGGAAAUCUUGCCUGAUGUCAACUCAGCCUCACCGGAGUCACCUGCCACCGAUUCCAGCUCGUUUCAACCUGCGAAAGUGGAGGGUUUACCCCAACACAUAUCGCCUACACGCCUUGACCGCAAUAAUCACACCGGACUAUCAUUAUCUGACGUCCCUACAAGUCUUGUGCUCACUCCUUGUUCGGGAACUUCUCCAGGAAGCAGUGGUUCUCACGUGCCAGACUAUGCACCGGAACAACAAGAGCCUGAACAAAUGGAGGCAUGUAUCGCAAGGUCACUUGCAUCAUCUCAGAGCCCGCAGUUAGCUUAUAGCUCACUCCCCCCUCUGGUGCUAUAUUCCGAAUCUUUGGAUUCAGACUUACAAGAUGUACCUGCAAGCGAAAACAUGAUGCCAGCGCUUUUCCCAGAGGAUUCCUUACCCGAUCAACGUUUGACACCUCUUUCACCUGGUAAACUUUCCAGUGCCCCUGCGUCCGUCCGACCAUCCCCCGAGCUUCGGCAACUAUCUAUUCUGAGUUCACCACCAGAGAACAACAACGACCUCGAGACGAACAUCGAGCAUGAUGCUUUGUUCGCGAUCGACCGUAGAUAUUCACUACGGACGCGCCAGGCCAAGCAGAUACGACCCUACGCCUAUGAUAAGUUGUCUUACAAGCAACAGCUCCGAGGGAAUCCCGAUGCUAUAGUGAAGGUGGUUAGCCCUCGUCAUCAUCGUAGGCACUCACGGUCUCGUUCCGUAGAGGGCGGUUCAGAUCCUAACACCCAAGACGACGAAUGGCAACUAGGCGACUCCGCGUCACAAUGGAUGGAUGGACACAAAGGAUCUCUGUCGCCUCGUGCGAAUCCGCAUCCGUCGCGUUAUCCUGGGUUUUUACCAGAGAUGCCCGAUGACGAUGAGGAUACUCGAGAGCUUGAUAAAGAAGCGAAGCGGCUGCUCAGAAUGCGCAAGGCCGGGGAGAGGCGUGAGAGGGAGGAGGCAAAGCUAAGAGACGGGAUUAAAGGACGUCGUAUGAAGAGAUUUCCGGUUGACGUCUCCGUAUCUGACGAUGAAGCUGUUCCAGCUCUACCUGGCCCCUCGCAGCCGACGCACCAACUAUAUGAUCGAACAACGUCCAAACCUCGAUCCCCUAGUGCAAUCGCGUCGCUGGACCUCCCCAAUUCUCCACAUCGCGCCCCUCGAAGCCCGUCAUCGGUUGGGAGCCCCGCCGUACCACCCACUAGAUCUGACUACGAUGCCGACUACCUCAACGACGCCCCCCUCGACUUCCCAAUGGAAUUCGACGAUGGGAUCAUCCGCAACUCCCGCGAUUCGCCUAUCAUUGUAGGCGACGACGACGGUCCCGAUCGGAACGCCGAUCCCGAGUCCCCGCCUCGGUCUGACUCCGAGAGUCAUCACGAAGCCCAGCCUCGUGGAAAGUUCCGCCUUUUGCGCAGGAUGAUGCCUGAGGUGUUGGCGCGGAAGUACGAAACUAUGGGCAAGCCGUCCACCUCCAAAGUCUCUCGACGUUCAAAGUCUUUUGGUGAUGACGAUGAUGACGGCGACAGCGACAGUGGACCUAUCCUCCCUGGGCAGAGCCGACGGCACAUCACCCAUGGUGCUAGAGAAAUCAUAGAGAUAAAGGGAGACACAGAGAGUUCCGACGAUGCUCAAGGUUCGGGCGACGACUCUGACCAAUCAUCCCUAUCCGAAGCGAAAGAAUAUCGCUCGACGCGCCCUCCAAAGUAUGAAACUGCCCACGACGAACACGAAGUCCUUUCUAUCUCAAGUGCAGACGAAGACGAGGCAGAGGUGGUUGGCGAUGAGGUUAUUCGUGCAUGUCUAGAUGGAUCAAAUCGCGCGGGCUUCAGAAAGAGCGAUGGAAAAUCAGAGAGCCUUAUUGACUGGAUGCUUAACAGACAACGCCCUGCUGGUCGAAAGCCCAAGCGAAAACGUCGGAAGCGUGCAAGACUGGAGUUCUCAACCUCAGGAACUAAAGGCAAAUCGCUAAGACAGUCAACCUUAUUCGAAAACUUCCAAUCUGGUGAGGCGUCCUCUAGCAGUCAGCCUUCGGCUUCAGGCUUCAGACCUAGAGACUGCGCUCCAACGGGAAGACACAGAGUGAAGCCAGUCAACAACUAUGAAUUGUCUCAUAUUAGGGUGACAACGAGUCGAUCUGGGGAUACAGUGUCUCAUCAAUUGAAGAAGCAAAUGAAGGAGAAGGCCGACCGUAGGAAGAGGAGAGGUUUGACGUAUACGUUUACCGAGGAGGGGACCCGGGUGACAUCCGGUCGACGGAACUCUAAUAUUGUUACAAUCGACAUCGAAGACGAGGGUUUUCGUAAAGCGAUCGCUCAUCGUUGGGAACCUCCGAAACCAGGGCAUCCUUUCCAGCCACACCGCAUAGUUAAAGCUCACCGACGAAGUACUCUGCCAGUCCCCGAGUACACAGAAGAAGAUACGCCUGAUGCUGCCCGUGCUCUGGCAUACAAGCCUGCCAGAUCGCGACGCCGACGUAUUGAAGCCGAUUUCGGCUUGUACCCCUUGCCAUCUGGUCGCUCAUUUACCCAACAGUCGCACAUAGGGAAGGGGCGGCUUUACGAAUUAACAAAUGUUCUGUUCGACGGCGCAGAACCUCCCCCUCUACCCAAUUACUCUUCGAACGGAUUCGACAUCGGACCAGAUCACUCGGUAGACCAGUUUGUUGGCGUCUUCCGGCGGCUUUGUGAUUCAUUGCUCGAAGCUGUGGUUGGGUUACCAGAAGACGGGGAUAACUUUGACCGUUGGCAAGGCAUCAUGCACGUAGCGUGCCAAGCAAUCUCCUGGUACCGCGUUCGUUCAAACGAUGGCAGUCUUUCUUUGAGAAAUACAGUCGAUACUUGCGUGGCAAGGUUAGCCGACGGCAUCAACGACGCAGCUUUGUCGAAGAAAGACUUGGACUCGAUGACGUUCGCGGUCUGCUGGUUCGCUAUCGAAUCAUUAGCUCGCGCCGGCCCCUUCCCCGGCUUCAACGAAGCUCCUCCAAAUACGUUUCAGUGCGCUUUGUCCCUCCUCGUGCGGCAUCUCCUUCGAUACGGCUUAGAAGAUACCAUGAAACCAGUCAUGGACCUCGAUCGAGAGCUGGACGGAGAACAUCGCCUUCCGUGUUACGCUGCUGAAUUAUGGGUCCAUCUGAUACAUUUGGCGCCCUUGGAUUCUUCAGGACAGCCUGCACCGAACCACUUCAUAUGGGGGUUUAUCAGUGAUGCCAUUCCCGAGAUCGUCGCCAAUAUGUCCAACGUCGAUUCAAGCGAAACAAUCUGGCAAGUCGUGUUUAGCAUAUGCGCUCUGUCUCACUUCACCUCUCAUGGAAUGGCCGUCUCGGCAUCUCGACUUCCCGCAUACUGGGAACUAGUAUCUUUGGCUCUAAAGCAAGUGAAGCUAAUAACCGAUCUGACUGUGGAGCAAGCACUUUCCCAAUCUAGUCUACGUAAGCGCGACGAGUAUAUCGGUAUCAUGAUUUUGCGAUGUCAUAUUCUUGUCCAUCGAUGGAACUGGAACCUGGACCGCGCAUCAAGCGUCUUAACGCAGAUUGCUGAAAUCUUUCGCAGUCGCAAAUAUGCCGACUUAGCACAUGAGCGUAGCGGCUUCCCCAGUUUUAUGGUCAACAAUGAUUGGUCUCUCCUCGGCAACGACCAACAUGAAGAUACAGCUUUCGUCAUCUUCCUCAAAUGCUUGGUGCGAGGAAGCAAACCAAAUCUCGAGGACGGCACCCGCAAGUUGACACCGAUGGUUAAGAAAUUAAUAUCCUUGACCGUACCUGUGGGAAGACUUCCUUCAGACAGGGACAGUUUUCUGUCAGAGCGGGAACGGACCAUGUUACGGAAUAGGUACUGUGCCGCCGCUGUGGCCCUCUACCUUGAGCCCGCAAACGCUUCCUUGAGGAUCUCGCAAGCUCGAGCCUACGUAAACGUUAAAACCGUUGACCACGACACUCAAAUCAUCACCAUUCGGGCAGCGAUGUACUUCGGCCUACUAUUGAUGAAGCUUCGUCUACCUCUGGUUGACUGGUGGUCCUGGAUUGAAGAUAUCAUGAAGGAUCUCCUCCUGGAGUACGAGGCCGCCCAGGCUCGACUAUCCGAUGAUGCUCAUCUCGCUCGCGAUCGCCUUGUCGUUUCCAUUGCAGUUCUUGUUGCGGCCAUGAACAAGAUAGUGGAAUUCUUUCUCGCCGGAAUCCAAGAAUAUCCAGACCCUCUAGUGCUGGCCCGGGUUGUACCCCUGACUCGAGGUAGCCUGAUCGCGGACCAAGAUCUGAUUGCUGAUCGCUUUCGGAGGCUCCUACUUUCGUUUCUGGAAGCCCGAGAUGCUGUAAUGCCUGCACCACAACGCCCCGUCCUCGUCACGAUAGAAAGUCAGGAGAGUCAGGACGAAUAUGGAGGGUUCGACCUUGAUGUCGAGGACCCUGAGUUUCUGGCAGCGAUGGGAGAAGGGGAACAAACAAACCAGUUGCGAGACCACCAAGCCAAAGAAAAAGUUGCAAGUGAAAUUGUACAUUCUCACAUAGGUCCUGCCAUAUAUCGACAUAUGUGCAGAUUCUUCUCGAAGCUUGAUGGCACUCACACAGCGCAGAGAGAUUACGAUGGGCUCUGCCUGUGGAUAGAUUGUUGGAUUGGAUUUGCCAAUGUCGUCAUUCAAAGUCGCAAAGUCGAGGGACGGGGAAUCCCGUGGAGCUCUUACUUGGACCGUCGCGCAGACUCAUGGGGUAGAAUUAAAGCAAUUUAUCUCCGUCGAUGGAUUGAUAUGCGAGUGAUGUUGAAGCUCCUGAAGACGGAUCCUAUGGAAUACACAACCAACAAGGCUCGCUGUAUAGCCAUUCUCUUUGAAUGUUUCGCUGCAUCCAGGGUCAAAGGCGAGGAUGAAUACAUCAUAGUGCUCUUCUCCUUCGAAGGCUCUACGCACGACCUACUCAGAGACGUGUCACUCGAUAUGUCCGAAACCGGAGGCACUAACCUAUCUCCCCUACAAUUUGUAGAAUCCCGUAAUGACAUGUUCGCGUCCAUUGUCUCCAGUCUCAACGUGCGCUUAAACCGGGAGGCCGCUGGGGAAGUUGAUCUACACGCAAACAACCAACACUAUAUUGGGUGCCUCAUAUCGAUGUUUCAAGCCAUGGAGGCUGAACUGCAGGCCUUGACGGAUGACCAGGAACGUCAAACGUAUCGUGCUUGGUGCUCUAAUGUCAGCAACUCUGUUGAGCGUUGCUCUCAAAUACGAGCCGAGCCGCGGUUGGCGUACUGGCUAAACUGGUGCCGUAACUUAGCAACAUAG